AUGGCCGUCAAAAUCAUCGUUUCCGGCAACGGCGAGAUCAAGCGCCGGCCUGAACUGGGCAUCAUCAAUCUCCGUGUCCACGCCAGCGGUCGCGACCAGGCGCGCGUCUCCUCCGACGUCCGCGAAACCGUCAAGAUGGUCCAGGACCAGUUGAAGCCUCUCGCCACCGCCUCAAACAACCACGACUCCAGUACACCGGCCGUCAAGGAGUGGUCGUCAGGCCUGCUCUCCACAUACUCGUACGAGGAGCAGGCAGACUCCGACAGACAUGGUGACGGAGCCGAAUCAGCCCGCGUUCGCACUCACCAAGCCACUGUCGACAUUUCUGCCACAUUUGCCGACUUUACUUGCCUCACUGAUUUCUCGACCGCCAUGUCCUCCGUCGCGCACGCCGAAGUGCAAAACGUGGACUGGGUGCUGACCCCGGAGACCAAGCUGCGACUCAACUCAGAGGUCAUCGGCCUGGCCUGCUCCAGCGCUCAAGCCAAGGCAAAUGCGUAUGCGGCCGCGCUGGGCAAGACGAGUGUCACUCCUGUCGAGAUUGACGAGGUCAACGACUCGAUAGAUGCAUUUGACGUCACGCCCCGAUUCUACGCCAUGGAAGCCUCUGGCGCAAACGGGGACGAUCGGGAGAGGCUUCUCUGUGUGCCACAGGACGUUUCGCUGUCGGUGACUUGCAAGGCUACCUUUCAAAUUGAAUGA